AUGAGCUUGGAUGGCGGUUCAGAGGAAGAAUUUCAGUCCUACUGGGAUUGGAACUCGCGAAACACGCGGGUGCUGAAGGAUGGCUGGAUAGAGCGAAUGGCUCAUCCGCAAGUCAACUGCCAGGCAUACUGGUACAACCAUUGUACAGCCGAGACUAGCUUCGAGCAGCCAACCGUUUGCGAACCGAAUUUGGUGCCGGCGGAUCUUACGAGUGACUUCUCGCAGGAGGGUCCUGUGUGGACUUUUACCGCACCUGAACUGAAAGCUAUCAUGAAGGAGGGGCAUGCGAGUGACUUCGGCUUUUCAACGGAGGAGUUGGCUCGCCGCGCAUGCUUCGAGUUUGAAUCGUGGCUCCCCCGCGUGCUGUCCUGGCAUGACUAUCAAUACCGUUGCUUCUGGUUCUUCGGUGGGAAAGACAGCAUGGACAAGAACCGAGAUUCUGGAGGGACCGCCAAAAGUUUUUUCAGCGCCGAUGCAGAG